AUGUUUUCUUCUACAACAAAUAUAUUUUUUUCAUUAGUAUUUCUAGUUCUAUUAUUAUUAUUAUCAAUUAAAACUAAUAUUCUGGAAAAAUCAUCUGAAAUUCAAGGAAGAAUAUAUAAUGGAUUAUAUUCGAAGCAUUUUAGAUUGUUAGCAGAACCAUCUUCACAUGGCUCUUCAAAAAAGACCAUGAAAGAAAAUGAAAACGAAGAAGAAGAUGAAGAAGUAAAUGAAGAUCAAAAUGAAGAUCAAAAUGAUGAUGAAAAUGAAGAUCAAAAUGAUGAUGAAAAUGAAGAUCAAAAUGAAGAUGAAUAUGAAGAAGAAGAUGAUGAUGAAAAAGAAGAUGAAGAAGAAGAAGAUGAGGAUGAAGAAAACGAAGAUGAAGAAGAUAAUGAUAAAGAAGACGAAGAUGAUGAAGAUAAUGAUGAUGAAGAAGUAAAUGAAGACGAAGAAAAUGAGGAACAAUAUUGUGAAUUAAUACCUAUUCUACCAAAUAGCUCGGAAGAUACAUUGAAAAAAUCAAAAAAUAUGAAUAUACCAAAACAUAAUGCUAAUAGCGAAUAUUUAUUAGAUAAAAAUUUAUAUGAUCUAAAGACAUUUAAGAAUUUAAAUGCUGCAAAAAAAAAUUACGCAGAUAGUAUAAUAGACAAUAUGGAUCUUACGGAAAACGUGAAAAAUAUAUUUAAAGAAUUUUUAUAUUAUUAUAUAAAUAAAAAAGACCCCAAUUAUCAACUUAAAUUAUAUAAGCAAAUUGAGCCUGAUAUAGAAAAAUACAAAAAAAACCACGUAAUUUGUAGUAUUAUAGAUUUUAGAAAUCUAAAUAGUGACCUUCAAUAUUUAAGGAACCCUAAAGGAGACUUUCAUGUACUAAGUAAUGAAGAAUAUGAAAACAGAGAAAAAAAAAAGAAAGAAAAACAACAAAAAAAAAAAGAUAAAUUACAAAAAAAAAUAAAGAAGGAACAAGAUAAAAUUAAAAAAGAACGAAUAAAAGAAUUGGAAAAACAAGAAAAAAUGAAAUACGAAAAACAAGAACAAGAAAAAGUGUAUUUGGAAAAAAAAGAACUACAGGAAAAACAUGAACAAAGUCAAAAGCAAAAAGAAAAGGAAAUAAAGGAUAGAAGAAAUAAGCUUCUUAGCUUAAGACACUAA